CUUGCUGAAAGGCUCCGAAGUCACUUCCCGAAACCUUCCCAGAAUCCAGUGGGUGAGAAAGAUGGCUGCCUCCAUGCAGCAUGUGUUCGUUGGUGCCGCGACAGGCGUUUUUAAAGGAGUAAACCUUGCUAAGAAGACAGCAACAAAUUUCCAGAAUGUUGCCAGCCUGUCGAAGGAGGACGAGAUUUGUGCCAUGUGCUGGGGAAACCAGCAGGAGAGCCAGGUUUGUAUAGGUCUGAAGAAUGGACUUGUCAAGACCUUUGAUGCAGAGCAGGGGGAAUUCACGGACUGUACCAACUGUGCAGGAGGGGAGGGCAGGUUCACAGGACUGGCAAAAUACCAGGAAUCUCUUGUUACGUGUGUGGAGUCAGGAUUGCUCAGGGUAUGGAAGGAUGAAGGAGACAAGGUUGAUGUGGAGGUAGGGAAGGACGUUUGUAGGAUGAGACAGAACCCUGCCCUGCCUCACCAGCUGGCCACCGGAGGGAAGGAGAACGAGCUGAAGCUCUGGGACAUCCAGGAGCCAGGAAAACCCAUCUUCAAGGCCAAAAAUGUGCGAAAUGACUUCCUGGACUUGAGAGUUCCUGUGUGGGUCACUGACCUCCAGUUUCUGUCAGAACAGAAACUCGUCACCUGCUCAGGUCACAGGCAGGUACGAGUGUAUGACCCUGCCGGUCCCCAGCGCAGACCUGUACUGAACGUGGAGCUCGGGGAGUACCCUCUCACAGCCUUGUCUGUCACUCCGGACUGCCGUUCAGUUAUUGUGGGAGACAGCCAGGGAAGUAUGGUCAUGGUGGACCUGAGAAUGGGUAAAGUGCAGAAGGCGUUCAAGGGUUUUGCAGGAGCCAUCCGCUGUCUGCAGUGCCACCCCUCCCUCCCCCUGGUAGCCUCGUGUGGGCUGGACCGCUUCCUCAGGAUACAUGACAUCAACACCAAGGAGACGCUGCAUAAGGUUUACCUGAAGUCCAGGUUGAACUGCCUACUCUUCAGUAGUGCAGACUUCACACAGGAACAGACAGAGGCUCCAAAGAAACAGAAGAGAAAGCUGGAAUCCAGUGACAUGACAGAAGAGGAUGAAGAUGAAUUGUGGGGAAAGAUGUCUGUGGUUCAGGAAGGCAAGGUCACAGACAAGACCAAGAGAAAAGCAAAAAGCAAGAAACUUAAGAAACCGAAAUAACAGGUGCAAAAACAGUGGAAGAUUUUGACUGAUAUUUUAUUCUUUAUUUUACGACAAAAUAUGACUAUGCCAUUGUGGUCUUAAUCAAAGACCAAUGUCCACAAUUUUAUCAAACUAAAACUAUUGCUUAAGACAUGUCUAAAUGUCACUACAGCCGCUGUAGUGACAUAGUACAGCCUAUAAAGUACACAAGAAAACUUUUGUACCUUAAGGCUAUUGUUUUCAGGUUAACUAAGUGCUGUGAGGGGUGAUGUCUGUCAAGAUUACACAAUAACCAUCUAUCAUAAUUAAAUUCAUUAGAUAUUCUCACAUCAUAUGAAUUUUCUAUGAUUAAAAAAUAGUGUUCUAAUGAUAUUUCUUUUUAUUAAAAAGGACUGUAACAAUC